GUUAAAGAGCAGAUAUAAUAUAAUGACAUCUAAACACACAGACAGAGAAACAGCAGAUUCAGAAGAGAAACACACAACAUCAAAAAAAUGGAUGAAUCUCUAUAUUUCAGACUUCUUGUCAUUGCUCUCUGUUCAGUAUCUGAAUGCAGUCAGCGCCGGUAUCAUCAUAUAAACAUCAAUAAGACCUGGACUGAAGCUCAGAGAUACUGCAGAGAAAACUACACAGAUCUGGCCACAGUCAACAACAUGAAUGACAUGAAACAGCUGAUCAGUAAAGUGAAGGACAGCGAUGUGAAGAAUAAUGAUGUGAGAUUCUGGAUUGGACUGAAUAAUACAGGUGUUUAUAAAUGGAAGUGGUCUAUGGGUCACACUGUAAACUAUACCAACUGGAAAGAUAAAGAAUCAAAUAACACAAAUAAUUGUGCUUAUAUGAAAGCUGGGACAUGGCAUCAUAAGGGCUGUAAUGAAAAGUUAAGAUUCAUCUGCUACAACGAGAGCAGCAAACAAUACAGCUAUAACACGACUACAACAACAUGGAGAGACGCUCAGAGAUUCUGCAGAAAUAAUCAGACUGAUCUGACCAGUGUGAGGAAUAAAACUGAGAAUGAACAGAUUCAGACAAAAAUUAAUAAUAAUGAUCAUGAAGUCUGGAUUGGUCUGUUCAGUGAUUCGUGGGAGUGGUCAGAUAAGAGUAACUCCACCUUCAGAUACUGGAACUCUGGUAAACCUAGUGGUGCUAAAGAUCAAUGUACAGAAGUCCUCAUGAAUGAUCAGGGUCGCUGGAAUGAUGCGUCUUGCAGUACCUCUCUUACUUUUGUGUGUCAUGAAGAUGAGCAGAUCCUCACAAACACUUCACAAAUGUUCAUCUUACAAUAUCAUCAGAUGUGUUUCUGUGUUGUCAGUUAUUUGGUUUGGUGUUGUUUGUGUGGUUUGAGUCAUUUGUAAAUCUCAUCUGCACCUCUUCCUCUACUAUCAUCUCUCUAUAGUUCUUGUAGUCUGUGUGUGUUUAAUGAUAUGAUUCACAUGAGCUGAUAUAAAUCCAGAAGAAUCUAACUUCAUCUGCAUCAGAGAUGAUUCAGAAUGAUAUGAUAUAUGUUUGUGUUCAUCACUUUCUCUUUAUACUGACUUUAGUUUGUGUUUUGAUUAAUACAUUUUGAAUAAAUGAUAUUAUUAUAAGAUGAAACUAUUCUCUGUAGUAAAUCAUCUAUUGCAUGCUUACACACUUAUGUCAUUUUUUGGUUUUUAGUAAGGGGUAAGAAGUUGUUUUAAUUAUUUUAGGUGAUGAGUUUAAGUGAAAUGAAAUGUAUUUCUGGAUGUUAAGAGAAUCAUAUGAGUUUGUGUUAAUAGUUUAAAUAACAGAUGAUACAGAUGUGUGUUUGUGUUUUCAUCUUUAGAAAU